UGAAACAAAAACCAAAAUAAGGUAGAAGACUUCGUGAUAAGACUUGUCUGAUCUCUUAAACAAGGCUGAUUCUCUCCAAAUCUAAAACCAAUCAUUACUACUUUCAAUUCCUCCCCAAAAUAAGUUGGUGGUAGACAAAAUAAACAUGGAGGAAGAUAGACGAACAAGAAGAAGAAACAGUGGAGGACAUCCUCUGUUGAGAUCUAAGAAGAGAGAAGAAGAACAAGUUGGCUACUACAACCAUGGCUUCUCACCCUCUCAGAUUCAUUCUCUCGCCGCCAUCUGUCAAACUCUCCUCCCUCCGUCCGACCAACAGUCUUUUGAUUCCUUCAACGUAGCUUCCUCUACUCAGCCACCAUUCACUGACGAGGUGGCAGAGAUGAUUGUGAAAAACGGACGAUCAGAAGCAGUAAAGGUUUUGAGAAUCAUACUGAUGAUUUUGUCAUUUAGAUUUGGAACUUUAUUGCUCUGUGGCUCUCUCUGUCUUGACAAGAGUUGGCCUUUUGUCCUUAAAUUCUCUGAACUUCCAUUAGAUAGAAGAGAAGAGAUCUUGAGGAAAUGGUCGAGAAAAAGUGGAUUCCUUCUUCCGUUUCGGAUCACUUUCUUCCUUUCAAAAUUCUACACCCUCUUCUACUUCUUCUCACAGACAGAUGAGAAUCAGAAGAAUCCUGCAUUGGAAGCCAUAGGGUAUUCCUUAGACACGGCAGAUGCAAGUAGCAACAAGAAGACUGAAGCAGAUGAGAAGCGACGACCUCUCCAAAGAGGGAUCGUUGAGACGAUGCAUGAGAGUGAUAUUACCAUCACACAAACUCUAACUGAAAAAGGUGUUUAUGUCGCUAAAGACGAUGGUGAGAAUGUGCACAGGAUCAGAUGUGAUGCGGUUGUAGUGGGUUCUGGAAGUGGAGGAGGUGUUGCAGCUGCAAACCUUGCUAAAGCCGGAUUAAAAGUCUUGGUUCUAGAGAAAGGAAACUACUUUGCAGCUCAGGAUUAUUCGGGUCUUGAAGGUCCUUCUAUGCUUGAGUUAUACGAGAAAGGCGGGUUUUUGACGAGUGUUGAUGGAAAAUUUAUGAUCUUGGCUGGUUCAGCUGUUGGAGGAGGUACAGCUAUUAAUUGGUCCGCAUCUAUAAGGACUCCAGAUCAUGUUUUGCAGGAAUGGUCGGAAGAGAGUAAGAUCAAGUUUUUUGGUAGCCAAGAAUACAAGACUGCAAUGGAUGAAGUUACCACAAGGAUUGGUGUCACGGAUAAGUGUGUCAAAGACGGGUUUCAGAACCAGGUUCUUCGGAAAGGGUGCGAGAGACUAGGGUUACAGGUAGAGUCAGUUCCAAGGAACUCACAUGAAGAUCAUUACUGUGGCUUGUGCGGGUACGGAUGCAGAGCAGGAGACAAGAAUGGGACAGACCAAACUUGGUUGGUUGAUGCUGUAGAGAAUGGUGCAGUGAUCCUCACAGGAAUCAAAGCUGAGAGAUUUAUAUUAGUAGACAACACUGACAGUAGUAGCAAUGAGAGACAGAAACGAUGCGUGGGAGUCAUUGCGAGCUCUGUUGGAGGAAAGAUUGGGAAGAAGUUCAUGAUCGAAGCUCGAGUGACGGUUUCAUCAGCUGGUUCGCUGUUGACACCGCCUUUGAUGCUUUCAAGUGGGCUAAAGAACCAGAACAUAGGGAGGAACCUAACGCUGCACCCGGUUUUGAUGACAUGGGGAUACUUCCCGGAGAAAGAUUCUGAGUUCUCUGGGAAAAUGUACGAGGGAGGGAUCAUCACUUCCCUCCAUCAUAUGAAUGAUGCUGAAUCAGGAUGCAAAGCAAUACUGGAGAAUCCACUGAUAGGACCAGCUUCAUAUGCAGGGUUGAGCCCGUGGGUUUCAGGAGCAGACCUUAAGGAGCGGAUGAUGAAAUACGCAAGAACAGCUCAUUUGUUUGCUCUGGUUCGGGACAUCGGCUCAGGUGAGGUUAUGAAGGAAAACGAGAUUACAUACAGAACGACCAAAAAAGAUAGGGAGAAUCUACGGGCAGGGCUUCGACAAGCUUUGCGGGUUUUGAUUGCAGCAGGUGCAGCUGAAGUCGGAACAUAUAGGAGUGAUGGACAGAGGAUUAAGUGUGAGGGAACUAGUAGAGAAGCCAUAGAAGAGUUUCUAGACGAAGUUGAUGCAGUUGGUGGAGUGAGCACAAAAGGAGAAUACUGGACGACAUACUUCUCAGCCCACCAGAUGAGUAGCUGCAGGAUGGGAGCCACUGCGGAGGAAGGUGCGUUGGAUGAGAACGGUGAGAGCUUUGAAGCAGAGGGACUGUUUGUUUGUGAUGGAAGUGUAUUGCCUUCAGCUGUUGGAGUAAACCCAAUGAUCACCAUUCAGUCUACUGCGUACUGCAUCUCCACAAGGAUAGUUGACUCACUGCAAAGCAAAGAUAAAGUAUAGAGAGAAAAUAGAAAGGAAGAACUAAAAAAACCAUUUCAGUUCCACUAAUAAAGAAUUCAUAUUCUGAUUCGUAAAAAUUCAUGUCGAGUUUUUUUCCUUGCAGUAUACAUUUCUGUUAUUGAACA